AAGGUCAAAGUGUGCAUGUCACUAGUUGUUCCACAAUGAUGUUUGAUUGCAUCUUUUGCCCCUUUAUUGCUUCGUUGUGAAUCAACUUCUCAGUAGCUCCAUCCUGAAGUCAAACAUGAAAAUGACCUUGUGUUUUCCAAGGAUGUAAAAGUAGCGCCAACAAUCUGUCUAUCUAAGAAAAGGUAAACAAGGGAGAAAGGAUAGUGAUUAAAGAAGAAAGGCCAAGAAACCAAAAAUAUAAAUUAUGACAAUGAAGGUGGUGUGAAAUACAAGGAAGCCCAGGGACAAGCUGAGAAUCCAUCACAUUAUUCAAGAAGACAACCAAAAGUUUUUUUUUAUCAAAUAAAGUUGGAAAUUCAUUCAAAAACAGAAUCAUAUUAUACAAUAGAUCAAACGAAUGGAGGGAAAUUGUCCCACCAAGUAUGCGAGUCAACCAUAUUAGUACCCAAUAGAGCAAAAUGAUAAGCAAGGAGUAUUGCCCUCCCACCUGAUAUGCUUCACACCAUGACAUUGACACUAAGAUAAAAUAUACAUAGUGUCCAUACAAAGCACAAGAAUGAGACCGCAUUGGGAUUGCCAUGACUAUCACUGCACAAUCACCCUCUAGUUGGAAGCCAUUAAACCCCAUCUGAAUCGCCAAUAUAGGCCCUACCAUCUCUGUAACAUCAACAUGAGGACAAAAUGGAAGACACAGCUGUAGCAGCUAUGUCAAACAAAACCUAUUUCCUUAGAUGAAGGAAAAUGUAAUUGGACCAUAGUUCAUAACUAUGCUCAAUUCUGUGUGUUCAAGAUGACCUCUUGUUAGGAGUCCUUGCAAUGUCAAUCCAUCUCCAAAAGAAAAUGGAAACCAUAACUUCAUAGAAGCUCAUUUAUAGAUAAAUAAUCAUGCAGAAUCAAGUACAAAAAAUUUAAAUUGCAUACUAUUCUUCAAGAACUUGGGAAUCCAAACUGUGUAAUAUAUAUAUAUGUAUGUAUAUAUAUUGCCACAAACUUCUAGUUGUUUGCACAGUAAUUUUAACACCGUAAAGCAAAGUGGCUACUGAAAAUAAAGCAGAGGAAAGGAAGCGGCUCAGGGGUUUCUGACCUGGGCUGGGUCGACGAAAGUAUAGGCCUGUGCAACGAAAUAGGGGGCAAGGCCGCCUCCUCCGACCGAGAGAAAACCCUAAACCUCCGGCAAUCGGCAUCCGCAGAGGUAUGAAAUGACGGAGACCUAGAAGAAGAUGGUAACCGGACGGCGUAGAUUUCUGAUCCGUGACCUCGGAGAUGGUGAGGUCGGUUUGAACUCGGAAUCUGCAUUCCGAACUCGUAGAAGAACGACAAAAGGCGGCAAUGGAGAAGCAAAAGGAGGGGGGCAGAAUAAUUUCUGUCAAUUUUAUUAAUUUAUUUCCUAAUUGUUAGGGUUUGUUGCAGAGAAGAGUAAAGUGGAUAGACUUUCAAACGGGUCAUUGCUUGCACUUGAAAGCAUAUUCAGAAGAAUUCCAUUGGACUUGCUUGACGCCAUUGCUUCCCGUUCUUAUACGCUAUAUAUGGGCAACAUCUCCUCUCCCCUUCCUUCACAAGCAAGAAGAAAUAAUGGAUCAGAAAUGGCGCUUCCAUGUCUUCUUCCUCCUCUUCAUCUUUCCUCCUCAACUCCUCCCACAGUCUCGCGCAUUGCCUGAAUAUAGCCGGCAACCUCCUCGGCCGAUCAUCUUCACACACCAUGAACGGUCGGAAUCUGAUCCUCAACAGGUUCACAUCUCGCUGGCCGGGAAAGACCACGUGAGGGUGUCGUGGGUGACCUCCGACCACCACACGGCGUCGACCGUGGAAUACGGUACGGCGCCGGGGAGAUACGAAGCAUCGGCCACCGGAGAACACACCAAGUACCAUUACUUCUUCUACAGCUCCGGCAAGAUUCACCACGUGAAGAUCGGGCCACUGGAGGCGGGCACCACGUAUUACUACCGGUGCGGUGGCUCCGGCCCUGAGUUCAGCUUCCGGACUCCUCCCCCAACCCUCCCAAUUGAGUUUAUAGUUGCAGGUGAUCUAGGGCAAACCGAAUGGACUGCAUCAACCCUAGCACAUAUUGAUGCAAAAGACUAUGAUAUUCUGCUAUUACCAGGCGACUUAUCUUAUGCUGAUACUCAACAGCCACUUUGGGAUUCUUUUGGUCGCUUUGUCGAACCGCACGCGAGUCGGAGACCGUGGAUGGUGACGGAAGGAAACCACGAGGUUGAAACCUUCCCGGUCAUCUAUCCCCAUGGCUUCGACGCCUACAACGCAAGAUGGUUAAUGCCACACAAGGAGUCUGGAUCCAAAUCAAACCUAUACCAUUCCUUCCAAGUUGCAGGCGUCCACGUUGUCAUGUUGGGAUCCUACGUGGACUUUCGUGCCAGCUCGGAUCAGUACAAGUGGCUCACGGCUGACUUGGCGAAGGUUGAUAGGGCGGUGACGCCAUGGCUCAUUGUGGUCCUUCAUGCGCCUUGGUACAACACGAAUGUUGCGCACAAGGGCGAAGGAGAGAGCAUGAGGAAUGCCAUGGAAGAACUAUUGUACAAGGAACGAGUCGACGUCGUUUUUGCUGGCCAUGUUCAUGCCUAUGAACGAUUUGCUAGGAUUUAUGACAAGGAGGAGGAUCCUUGUGGUCCACUGUAUGUGACGAUUGGCGAUGGAGGGAACAGAGAAGGGCUUGCUCUAAUGUUUGAGAAGCCUAGUCCGGCAAUGUCAAUAUACAGAGAGCCAAGCUUCGGACACGGUCGGCUACGGAUCUUGAAUAGCACCCACGCGCAUUGGUCAUGGCACCGGAACAAUGAAUCCGACUCCGUUGUGGCGGAUCAAGUCUGGUUCGAGAGCUUAAGCGCUUCUCAAGCGUGCGUGGAGAUGAAGAAAAAAGAGCAAGAAGGUUCACCCACCUGUCCUAGGGUUGAACUUUAAGCUCAUCUACACAAAUGACUCUUUUUUUUUAUAUUUAUUUAUUCCUUUUUUUUUAGGUAGAUUGAUAUUUACAUGUUAUUUGUUCGUACAAAUUAUAAAAAGGGCUACACAUGUUAAAAUGACAAAAAUACUCAUUUUCUCUCUAUAAAUUUAUUUCCUCUCACCCAACAAUCCCAUGACCGCCUCCUUUCUUCUCUCUUCCUUCUUAUGGUCGUCUCUAACAAUUACAUGUUUCCAUCAUCUUGUGAUAGUCUUCACCUCAUUGUUUUACCUCGUCUCUCGCUCGUUGGCUGUCGUUGAGAAUGCAGUGGCAAUCGUGUGCGAGAGGCAAGACGAAGGUGAUGACAAGAUGAUGAUAAUAGAUAAUUGCUAGAGGUGAUCAUGAGAAAGGAAAAGAUAAGAGGUAGUUAUGAGAUUCGAGAGAGGCAAAGCAAAAAAAAAAAGCUUUUACAAAUUGAGCACAAAUAUUUGUGUCAUUUAAGUUACCUUCUGUAGCCCAAGUUGCCUAAGUAGUAUUUUCCUUACAAUGUAACAAUUCAAAGUCAAUACAAAA